CUCGGGGAACUUUGUUCUUAUCUUUUUUUUUUAUCAAUUAUUGUUCAGGUUGUCGACGACGACCAAAAAUUCGCCGUUGCGGUCGAUGUGUCUCAAUUCCAUCCUGAAGAAUUGAAGGUACAUUUGGAAGGACGCGAAUUGACUAUCGAGGGGAAGCAGCAGCACAAAAGCGACAACAGUUUUAUGGAAAGAUCCUUCAUACGCAAAUGGACUCUGCCGGAAAAUGUGGAUCUUGAGGCUAUUCGUACUCAACUUAAUGACUCUGGACACCUAUCCGUGGAGGCGCCGAAGACGACGGAGGGUGGAGCCCAGCGCCGUACGCUUCCAAUUGAAAGAGCUCCGGCUAAACAGUAA